AUGCAAACUAGAAAUUGGGAAAGCAAGAAACAACGAUUAGAAAAUCUUUACCGAAAAAAUGAAUUAAGUAUAUAAAUAUAAAGUAUAUUUGUAAGAGUAACAAAAAAGUGUCCAGUAUAUAUCUGAUACUAAUAGAAAUUUUUUCUGCAAUUUUUAAACCUUUUAUGAAAAAAAUAAAGAUUAGCAAAUUCCAGCUUUAGAGUAUUAAGCACUUGUAUUUAGAUUUUUAUAAGAAUAGUUGCAUGUUUAAGAACUUUUUACAAACUAAUAAGUUUUCGAAAAGUAAUAGGAAUUGUCUAAAUAAUGGAUUCCAAAGAUAAAAAAAAAUUGGACGGAGGAAGAUAAAUAAAUUUUGAUAUGGAUUGUAUUAAAAAUCUGUUCUAGAGAUGGCAUUCACUUCAGAAAAAUUGUAUUAUGUAAGAUUUAAAUAAUAGCCAACUAAAGUAUGGGAAGAUGUAGAACAAUUAAUUGGCAGGAGGACUGCUGAAUAAUGUAAAAUCAAAUGGAAUGAUUUAUUGAAAUUAUCCUUAUAAUAAUUACCAUGGACAUAAGAAUAAGAUGAAUAUUUAAUAUUAUUGAUUAAGUAUAAUUGAAAAUUAGCUUUAGUUAAAGCAAAGAAUAAGGAAUGUAAAAUAAAUGGUGCAUCAUAGCUAAUUUAUUAAAUGCCUACUUUAAAGAUUCUCCAAGAACAGGGAAGCAAUGUAGAGAAAGAUGGAAUAAUCAUCUUAAUCCUGAUAUAAAUAGACAUUAAUGGAAUUUAGAGGAAGAUAUUGAAUUAUUAGAAUUAGUAAAAAAAAAAUAGAAAAAAUGGGCAUUAAUAUCAAAAAUAUUAAAAUCUAAAAGAAGUGAAAAUGCUGUGAAAAAUCGAUAUAAUUGUUUAUUAAAAAAAAAUACUUGUUAAUCUAUUACAACUUUAAUUGAUGAAUUGAAAAAGAAAAAUAAAUUGGAAAAUCCAGAAGCCCCUUUGACAUAAAUUUCAAAAAGAAAAAAAUUAAUUCAAAUAACUAAAAGUACAAUUAUAAAUUAAUUUAAUAAGCUUAACAAUCAUAAAACUAAAAAGUGAAUAGUGAGUUCAGUAUCUAAUAAUUUGAUAUAAUUGAUAUUAAUUAGCUAAAAUGCCUCACUCCUGCUUUUUAUGAUUCUAAAUCUUAAAGUCUAUUUAUUAGCAAUAAACAUUAAUUGAUGUCUUUCUUAAGUAGCUAAAUGAUAAAAAUUGAAAGUGAAAAAUUUUGA